CUCCGGCUACAAGCUAUCAUAUUCCCGCGGGAUAUUAUCUCAGCGGAAACCCGUUUCCCUCUCCAUCCUUGGCAGUUAGAAGAAACCCUAAACCCUCUUCUGAGCUCUCUCUCUGUCUCCCAUGGCGCAAACCCUAAGACCCUAACAAUCCAAUAGAAGGUUCCCAAAAUGCCCCUCCCAACCACCAAAAUAUCCACCCGUCCCCUUCUCCGCGUUCUCCUCCCCUCCGCUGCCCGGCUUCUCUCCUCCGCCGAUGCCCGGACCCAGAAGCUAGAGAGGAUAGCCGACGAACUCCUCUCCCUCACCAAGGCCGAGCGCGACGACUACUCCAUCCUCUUCCGCCUCAAGCUCGGCCUCAACCAGUGGAUCCCCGCCGGCGGCGUGCUCGCCCCAGGGGCGGUGGCCGGGCCAGCGGCGGAGGCCGCGAAGCCCGCGGAGGAGAAGGAGAAGACGGCAUUCGACAUCAAGCUGGAGAAGUUCGACGCCGCCUCCAAGAUCAAGGUCAUCAAGGAGGUGCGGACCUUCACGGAUUUGGGCCUCAAGGAGGCCAAGGAGUUGGUGGAGAAGACCCCCGUGGUGCUCAAGAAGGGGGUCACCAAGGAGGAGGCCGAGGCCAUCGCCGCUAAGCUCAAGGAGGUGGGCGCCACCAUCGUUUUGGAGUGAGUACGAGAGGUGAAAAAAAAAAAAAUCUCAUCUUGUUUCUUUGUUCCAAAUUUUUAACUUUUGUUUAGUAUCAGAAACUGGUAGCCCAAUAUGAAUAAUACCAUUUUGUCUUGCAAUGCCAAAACCUCUUAUUUGAUAUGAAGUCAUGAGUAAAUGGGUAUUUGCAAUGUAGUUGAUGGGCACUAAGGCAUCAUUGUACUGAUGUGGGCAGGUGUUUGAAUAAUGUUGGAAUUGGAUUCAAUUGCAUGAAGGAAUUAUAAAUUUUUCUUGGAAUCCAA